GGACGGGAGUGCGUGACAAUUCGUCUUCUCUGCAAACCUCCCCCGCCGCUUUUGACGCGAAGAAUCUCCACCAUCUCCAUCUCCACCACCACCAUUAAUCCUUCUUCGAUUCAUUGCUUUUCCGGCCCGAGAUCUCUCCCAAGUUCCCAACUUUCGUCCCAUCCUGACAUACCCAUUUGCUCCUUUCGCCGGAAUUCCAGCGCCGCCGCCACGCAAUGGGGCAGGUCCCAUCUUCCACCUCCGCCUCCACCUCCCCCGAGCCUAGCCACCGGGGCGGGGUCUCGUCCAGAUAGCGGCUCGACGGCCACGUGAGUCCUCCACCUCCUGCUUCUCCGCCUCCGUCGAGAACACCAAACCUCCGCCCCCUCUACGGCGGCGUGUGGCUGGCUGUCGGAAUUUCUUGUAUAACUCCGUACGCGUCGGAAUCGUGUGUUGGAAUUUCGGACUCGUGUGGCAGGAAGAGUUGACUGCGUGUCGGACUUUCGGAGAGUGUCGGUGCAUUUUAGACUACAGUGUCUCUCUCGUCUUCUUCGCGAACAACGUCUUGAGAAGGGGAAGAGGAAGGGGAGCAAGCCGCCGACGACGACGGAGAAAGACAGCCGCUUUUCCUCGUCGCCGCCGACGACCGCCGCUGCCACUCCUAUUGCCGCCGCUCUGUAGAAGCUUCGGCACUGAAUGCGGUCGCGCAGGUCGUAGAUUCCGCAAUUCGAGAGUUUCGAUGGGUUCGAAGGAAAUCUGCCGCAACGAGCUCCGGGUUGCAGUCCGCCAGCUCAGCGAUCGCUGCCUCUACUCUGCUUCCAAAUGGGCGGCGGAACAAUUAGUGGGAAUCGAGCUAGACCCGGUAAAGUUCACACCUUCAAACACCAGAUUCCAGCGUGGGAGCUCCAGUAUCCACAGGAGAUUCCGCAACAACGAGAUCACAUCGACGCCAAUUGCUGGGGUGUCAUAUGUGAGUACUCCGGUCAUGGAGGAAGACGACAUAGUUGAUGGUGACUUUUAUCUUCUGGCCAAGUCUUACUUUGACUGCCGCGAGUAUAGGAGGGCUGCUCAUGUGCUUCGGGAUCAGUCUGGGAAGAAAGCUGUCUUCCUACAAUGUUAUGCUCUUUAUCUGGCUGGAGAAAAACGGAAAGACGAAGAGAAUAUAGAACUUGAAGGGCCCUUAGGCAAGAGUGAUGCUGUUAACAAGGAAUUGGUUUCUCUGGAGAGGGAGUUGUCAAUGCUACGUAAGAAUGGGUCCAUUGAUCCCUUUGGGUUGUACUUGUAUGGUCUUGUUCUUAAAGAGAAAGGCAAUGAGCACCUUGCACGUAACCUUCUUGUGGAAUCUGUGAAUAGCUAUCCUUGGAACUGGAGUGCAUGGUCAGAGUUACAAUCCUUGUGCACUACAAUCGACAUAUUACACAGUCUACCUCUCAAUAACCAUUGGAUGAAGGAUUUCUUUCUUGCUGGUGCAUAUCAAGAACUCAGAAUGCACAACGAGUCCUUAGCAAAAUACGAGUAUCUGCAAGGCACCUUCAGUUUCAGUAAUUACAUACAGGCACAAAUUGCAAAAGUGCAGUACAGUCUAAGGGAAUUUGAACAAGUAGAAGUGAUAUUUGAAGAACUCCUGAGAAAUGAUCCUUACCGAGUGGAGGACAUGGAUAUGUAUUCCAAUGUACUCUAUGCCAAGGAAUGCUUUUCUGCCUUGAGUUAUCUUGCCCACAGGGUAUUCAUGACUGAUAAGUACAGACCAGAAUCUUGUUGUAUAAUUGGAAAUUAUUAUAGCUUGAAAGGCCAACAUGAGAAGUCAGUUAUGUAUUUUAGGAGGGCCCUUAAAUUGAAUAAGAACUGUUUAUCUGCUUGGACUCUUAUGGGUCAUGAAUACAUUGAGAUGAAUAACACUCCAGCAGCUGUUGAUGCCUAUCGGCGAGCUGUAGAUAUAAAUCCAUGUGAAUACCGAGCCUGGUAUGGUUUAGGACAGGCCUAUGAGAUGAUGGGGAUGCCUUUCUAUGCUCUCCAUUAUUUCAGAAAAUCUGUAUUCUUGCAGCCAAGUGAUUCUCGCAUAUGGAUUGCUAUGGCUAAGUGUUAUGAAAAAGACCAACUUCACAUGCUAGAAGAGGCAAUCAAGUGUUACAGGAAGGCAGCGAAUUCUAAUGACAGGGAAGCAAUUGCUCUUCAUCAGCUAGCAAAGUUGCAUCGUGAACUUGGGCGUUUAGAAGAAGCUGCUUUUUACUACAAAAAGGAUCUGGAGCGGAUGGAAGCUGAAGAGAGGGACGGACCUAAUAUGGUUGAAGCUUUGCUUUUUCUUGCCACACAUUGCAAAGACCAGAAGAGAUUUGAGGAGGCGGAGGUGUAUUGCACACGUCUUCUUGAUUAUACUGGCCCAGAGAAAGAGACUGCAAAGAGUCUACUACGAGGAAUGAGAAUAGCACAAUCUGGUUUUCCUUCAAUGAGUGCUGAGCAUUUUCCUCCAUAACAUUGCCGAUAAAAGAUGGAGUUGUGAAAUUUUCAAAGCAGGUGUGGCAUUGUGUUGAGGAUAUAAAAUAAUAUGGAUCUCCUCCCAAAAGAUGACGAAUCCUUAAGGCUGUGCAAGCUACUUGCUGUAACUUUCCUUGCCAAUUGACUGCAUACUUCUGGAAUAGAGAAAGUGGCCCUUGGUUUCUUAGGUAUGUGGGAGAUUGGUCAAUUUUUGACAGUUUGUGUCAUGCUGUUUCAUUUAUGAGAAAUCAUCUAGAUAACUGGAGAUUUCAUAGUUGAUCAUUCUACUUGUAUGCAUGUAAAUCUCAUAAGAAGCUUCUUGUUGCACCUCUGUCUGGCCGGCUCAUGUCCCUGCUUCUACCCUUUUGCCUCUACUUUCUAUCCUAAGUUCCAGAUGGGGUAAAAAUCUGGUGGAUACAUGCUUUCCACUAGGAACUCUUAUGUGAGGACUGAGAAGAAGUCGUUUUUGUUGCAAAGGAGGCUUCAGGUGGAGUCAGAUCAUUCAGUUUGGAUGAUAAGGAGAAUUCUCUCAGCAUAGCAGCUUUGUAAUCGUAGGCAGCUCAGUUUCCUUCAAAUUGUUUCUUAUUAGAUUGUUGUAACCUUAAAAACAUCAAAAGGGGUUUUGGGGGAGAAUUCCCGUGUUGUUGCUGGGCAGUCGAUAUGGAUAACUUUUAGAUGGAACAAUUUGACCAUUGAAAUUAUCUGAAUGUUGUUUUGAAGGUC